AUGGAUCGACGCUUAAAAUCUCGAAUUGAUAAAAUAAUGGAAUUGGCCACUGAAGCAAAAACUGAAGAAAAACAUUGUAAUAGUCAGGAAGAUGGCUACAAAUCAAGAGAAGAGCAAGAAACAAGAAAAACAGUUGAAGGGUCGUGGCACCAGGGUUCAAUAGUUACAGAAACGGUUAUUGAUAAAGAAAAAACUAUAUCUAUCCAGGAAGAAGGAAACAAAUCAACAGGGACGCAAGAAGUAAGAGAACCAGUUGAAGAGAGUCGCGGGACCUUCUAA